GUCGACAUGUGUUUUAAGAGGACACCGUUUGAUUAUUUUCUAUAACUCAUGCUUUCUUUCUUUGAUCCUAAGCUGGAGAAGUGAUUGAAAUCAAAUCAGCUACGGGUGAAGAUGAAGAUUGAUCUGAACAAGGUGGCUCGUAAGAUCGAGGUGGAUAACCGUAUUCCUCUCCGUAACUACUACCGCAUCGCCGAUAAUCUUCUCCGUCAGGCCAGCAUAUAUCGCGAAGAGAAGAAUGUUGUUGAUUUGUAUAUCAUGCUUCUUAGAUAUUCAAGUUUGAUUUCUGAAACCGUUCCUUUCCAUCAAGAUUACCAGGCAUCGCUUCCACAAGCAAGACUUGGGAGUAGGAAGAGGUUGCGGUCUGUAAUCAAUGAGCUCGAGACUCUGAAACCGGAAUUUGACCGGCGAGUGGAUGAGCUGAACCGAGAAGACGAUGAAUUGCAUCGGGUUGGAAGUGAUUUCCCUGUCGUAUCAUAUAGUUCAGAUGCUGUUGAAUGGCCUCCUGUCCACAGAGAUCCAUACUCUAGACCUGAUAUUAACAAGACAACAUCUCAACCAUCCUCGACGUAUAACAAUAGUCUGACUUCAUCUUCAAAUCGUACACCGAUUGAUCAGCAAUUCCAGAAGUUAUCUUUUGAUUUUCUGCCUGCAAACCAAGCAACCUUAUCUAGACAUUCAUUUCUAGGUCCAAAUGGUCUUAAAAGUCAAUGGGUUGCACCCAAGUCGGAGAUAAAGGUUCAGUAUCCGAGUAAUACCGAUUGGGUUUCUGCUGAAAAUUCAGGUGUGAUUGACGCUGGACCUGGCAUUUCCUCAACAUCACUAAAUAGUGAUUCCCAAACGUUGAACUCUGUGCUCUCCUUGGAUGAUGGUCGAUGGCAGCGACAUUCUGAGGCGGUUACUUCCCAGUUUGUCAGUGACGCAACUGAAGACCCCUUUCAGUUUGUGGGUAUGAAGCAACCUACCCCACCUCCUGUGCUUGCCCAAGUGCAUCAAGAGUUUGCCCAAAUCUGCCCAUCUAAAGUAGCUGAUCCUAGACCAGGACCUGCACUUCCUUCAUUAGAAGAAAAAGAAGGCAGCAAUGCUUAUCAGCAUUUGCAUGUGCCUGUGCGGAUAAUGGAAGAUUUCUUAAGGCUAGCUCGGUCAAACACAGAAAAGAAUCUAGAAACUUGUGGAGUGCUUGCUGGCUCUCUGAAAAACAGGGUUUUUCAUAUCACUACUCUCAUAAUCCCAAAGCAGGAGUCAACCUCAGAUUCUUGUCAAACACUAAACGAAGAGGAAAUUCGAAGUUCAGGACAGACUCUCUUUAUUUCCCUUGGGUUGGAUUCAUACACACCCUACACAAACUUGCUUCAUGUCAUCAGUUGAUCUUCAUACACACUACUCGUAUCAGAUAAUGCUACCGGAAGCAGUAGCAAUCGUGAUGGCUCCGACAGACGAAACAACACCUCACGGGAUAUUCCAUCUCUCGGACCCAUCAGGUGUAUCCGUGAUCCGAAACUGCCAGCAGCGAGGCUUCCACCCGCA